GAGUAAAAUAUUUUUAUGUGAGCAGCCAAUGGACUGUUUCUAGUUAAUAGCUUUUAACGUGUCGCGUAUUUUACCUUUUUUUUCUUCCUGGAACUCAACACAACAAUCUAUAAUGCACAUUCUCGACCUACCUGUAGAAAUAUUUCAAAUCAUAUUGGACAUUUCAACGCGGCGAGAUCUUUACGAAUUAGCCUUUGCCUGCAAGAGCUGGAAUGUACCUGCUCUUCAGCGUUGGUAUAGUGAGGUGUUGUUGGAUAACUAUUCUUACAAAGUUACAAUGAAUCUUUUUAAACCGGACGCUGAACAACGUGAUAAAUACUUUCAAUAUGGUCCUUUGGUCAAGCUUCUAGAAAUUGGUGUUCCUGAUCCAGAUUUCGAAGAUCCAGCUACUCUUUGGCAGCCAGAUACAGAAGAUUUUAUAUCACUUUUAAAGUAUUUCCCAAAUUUGUUAGUUUUAAACAUCAAUGACACCAGAUUUGCCGAUGGUUGCCUUAUACGAAUCGCCCAUGGGCCUUUUGUAGAUGUUAUGCCAAAUGUACAGCAAAUUACAACUUCGGUCGCUAUAUUUCAAACUGCGUCAUGGCGUAAUCAUUUUGCUGCAUGCUACGCACACCGUGCAACUAUUACCACACUUAAUACUUGUUUCUUGAAGAACAUGCUGAAGGGACGUGACACCAUAAAUUUAUUGAGUGAUUUUACACAGUUAUCGGAUUUGACGAUUAUGAAAACUCGCCCUGGGUCUAUUAGUAUCGCAGAAAUUUUGAUGAUUUGUCCAAACCUAAAAGCACUUGAUUAUAAAGACUGUGACAUGUCCGAAGAAUUUAUCAAGAGCUUUUUGGAAAAUGGCUCCACUAUAAAUGCCUUGAAUACAAACUUGGAAACAUUAAAACUUUGGGUGCCUUCACUUUCUGUUAACUAUGUCCGAUAUAUAACAAAUUAUUUCUCAUCGCAGCUUCGAUUUGUGGACCUAAACUUACAUGGCACCAAUUAUCACAUCUGGCUAGAUGAGAUUGGUCUGGAUAAUGCCUACAGAUUAGUAGAGAGAUUAAAAAAGACCGGAAACUUCCAGCUGAAGUGGGCAUAUUUUAAUGAAAGUAACGAAAUAACGUCAAAUGCAAGCGGAUCAACUAUAAAGGAUUUCUUCAAAUUGGUGAAUACAUCCAAAGCAGGCGAGAAUACUUUUAUUCGUUCAACAUUCAAUACCUUCCCAGGAUAUCUGCUUUCAUACGAAGAAGGAACACUAGAUUUAGAAGAGGAUGGAGACUUUCAGAAUCGGAUCGAAUAUAAUUCGAAGACAGGAUACAAUGUUAAUUAUAAGUUGGAACCUUCUAAUUUUAACUGCUUUAACCCCAGAUUUCUCAACGGAGAUAUGCCGUAUACUUCUUCUCAGUUAGAAAUAACUGAAUGGGAACAUAUUAAUGUCAUUCAUGUCAAUCUCGUCUCUGAUUUUUCCAGACCAGCUACACUAUUCGAGUUUUUACAGCUUGCGUUGAUUAAUUGCCCCCGCUUAGAGUUUUUUAAACUUAUCUCGAGUGUUCCGAGUAAAUAUAAAAUACGUAUGAUGAUAGGGAAAGAUAUCGAUCAUUUUGUGAAAAGACAACAAGAAGAACAUUAUCACCAGAUAUCCACAAAUACCAAAAACAACUUGAAAGCGGUCAAAUUUGAUAACUUUUUACCCUCGCAACAAUUAUUGGAUCUUAUGUCUAUUCAUCUACCAAACAUAAAGACAAUCGCAUGCUUAGGAAUCGAUGUCGAUGAUGUAGACUCAAACAGAAGAACUAUUGAUCUGACUAAUUUCGAAAAUUUAGAUAACGUUUACGUCAUGGUGGAUAAUUUACCUCAUUACUUUGAAGAUUAUAUUGUGCACCUGCAAUUUACGGAUGGGAAUGAAUCCUACUAUUAUCAAAAUUCAGAAUGUCGUAAAUCAUUAGGUUUGAAGUAUAGCGAAUUUGUCGACUUGUGUCUUGACAGCGGUGGAAGUGCACUAGUUGUUACAAUCAAAUGUAAAAAGAAUAUAAACACCCUAAAAUAAAUCAGCGAUCAAAAAUUGAAAAAUAUCGCAAACAAAUUAGAGCGGAA